UUUCUCAAUUGACAGUUCGCCAUUUUCACAGACGGUCACAGUUUAUUGGGUAUAAAUCGAGUGCUUUGCGCAAACGCAUUUGUUAAUAAACGAAAUAAAAAGAGGCUUUUCUGCAAAAAAAUAAACCAUUGAAUAAGAAUAAGAUGGAGUGUUCUAAAAAUCAAAAGCGCCGCAUGUUUGCGCAUGCGAAGAAGAUGAAGAAAGCCGCGCAGGCAAAAAACUUUGUCACGCCAAUAAAAACGCCGGAGAAGAAGCCUCGUCAGGGUCUGGCUAGACAUCCUCUGGCUGAGUUGGCAAAUAACUCGCAAGACAAGGGCAAAAAAGCGGUUAAUCCAAAAAUAGGCAUGCGUACAUUCCCCAAUAAGUGGGUUAAGUCGAAGGCUAACAAAUCGCAAUCAAAUGACAAUAUUCGCAAUAAAGCGAACAAAUUGCCGGCGAAGAAGCCAGUUGAAGAAGUUGAGACUUUAGCCGAAUCAGGUGAGGUGGUGGCAAAGAAACCUUUUAAGAAGGAGCCGAAGAUGGCUGCUCCGAAGGCGGCUGCUCCGAAGGUGGCUGCUCCGAAGGUGGCUGCUCCGAAGGUGGCUGCUCCGAAGGUGGCUGCUCCGAAGGUGGCUGCUCCGAAGGCGGCUGCUCCGAAGGGGGCUGCUCCGAAAGCGGCUGCUCCGAAGGUGGCUGCUCCGAAGGCGGCUGCUCCGAAGGUGGCUGCUCCGAAGGCGGCUGCUCCGAAGGCGGCUGCUCCGAAGGUGGCUGCUCCGAAGGCGGCUGCUCCGAAGGGGGCUGCUCCGAAAGCGGCUGCUCCGAAGGUGGCUGCUCCGAAGGCGGCUGCUCCGAAGGCGGCUGCUCCGAAAGCGGCUGCUCCGAAGGUGGCUGCUCCGAAGGGGGCUGCUCCGAAAGCGGCUGCUCCGAAGGUGGCUGCUCCGAAGAUGGCUGCUCCGAAGGCGGCUGCUCCGAAGGCGGCUGCUCCGAAGGUGGCAAAGAAGACCAAGCCGCCACUACCCCAGCGCAAGGUACGCCGUCAAGGGGGUAAACCAUAUUUGAAGCCACACGCAGGCCAGCUAUGGCGGCGUAAGUUUCCACGACGUUUCCGUAAAGCUCGAGACGAGGCUACUGACGAGGCCCGUAAGCCUCAUGAUGCCGAAGAGAAAUUGACAGCCAAUCAACUGGCACUAUACGAAGUGGAAGCAGAGCCUCCGAAGGAGCCAUCAUCGCCUAAAGGGUCACCAAUUGCUGAACGCUCUGUCAAUGCUUUGAUGGCAAAGCCAACUCUAGUUCCCAGAUGUAAACGCAAGGCGAAGAAACGCGCUGAUAACCAAAUAGAAGAAGUUCCCAAGAAGCGCACCAAAUGGAUCUCAAAGCUGGAAGUAAAACCGAAGCGUAAUAGUUAUAACGAUGGUCAGCCAUUGGUUGACGUAAAGCUCAAGAUCUCUUCCAAGAAAAUGGGGCACAAGAAAUACAGCGGUUCUACUUUAGCGGUCCGUUUUGGGGAGUCAUGCCGCUUUAGCCGCAAGUUAACUUUCGAAUCGGAGGUAGAGGUGGAAACCUACAACGGAAAGGAUAAAAAGAAAGAGAAGCGCAAGUCCACACGCAAGGCUGCAAAGCGUCGGGAGGCUCUCCAGCAAGAUUAGGAAGACAGCCGUCUAUCAACAUCGUAGCGCGAUGGUCGUGGAAGCACGAUACUCACAAGCAAAUGAGCACCUCCAUAUCAAUUUUUACACAAUUCAUAAACUGCUGAUUACUCAAGGAUCAACACACACACACACACACACACACACACACACUAGCAUCAAAUAUACACUUUCCAUUGGCGGAGCGAUGACCAAUCUGCGGGCCCAAGGAAUCCACUACACACUUUACUUAGACAAUUUUACACAAUACAAGUAUUUCAAUUAUUUCGAUCCACAUUAGAGUAAUCUGCGUUGUAAACUCACAAG